AUGGACACCCGAGAUCAGUUCUCUUUGGACCAUACGAGUUACCCAAGCUUGGAUGCCUCACCGCAAUACCCUUCAGGAUAUCUUCCUAUAGUGGAAUACAGGUUUCUUCAAACUGACGUUCAAAACUACGACUUAUUCUACGAGCAACCUCCUUCAGCACCCUUUUUGGCAGAACCACCCGAGCCGCCUCCCUCCUCCAUAUCCUCACCCCCCAAAUACCGCACGAUCCAACCUCGACCAAGCGCGACGAGCCCCGACGCGAAAAAUCCCGGUGAUACGCUGCAAAUCAAGCCUGGGAAGCGCCAAUGGCGGCCACAAGAUACAAGCGGCGAGUCAACUUCAAACGACGUACCUUUCAGCCAAUGUACGAAUUCCGGCCUGUGCUCGAGCAAUCAAGAACAAUCCUUCGCACCUUACCGACCUUUUCCUUCAAACGACCUUGGAAGCGUGGUGGAGGUUCGAUCGCCACUUUUCCUCAACGGUGCUUCCGAAGCUCCUGCCACAGACGGGCCAGCCUGCCACCAUUACGCACACUGCUCCCUUGAUCCGUCAGAUAGACAAUUUUCAUGUCCGAAUGCAUCUUUUGAGAUUGAUCAGAAUCAAGAUGCCAUGAGAGCAGCUUCUAUUCAACUCUCGGAACAUCUUGAAAGGACCCAAGUCAUGCAGUCUCUGAGCAUUGUGCAGGAUUAUAUGGCGAGGCAUCCUUCGAUCUUUGAAGAUCAAGCGCCCGAUAUGAUUCAAAGAUGGUUAGUGGAAAUUGAAAGCGUAGAACUAUCAGAAUGUAUGUCUACGUGA